AGUUUUCUAUCCAAAUUUUUACUCUCUCACGAGUACGCCUGCAUGAUGGAUGACAUGCAUAUUUUAUAGAGCAUUUUAUAUGUUUAUUCUUGAGCUUUCCUCUUAGAUUCUUUCUCUUUGUAUAUUAUUUUUUUAUUUUAUAUGUUGCAUCAUGUUCAUGUGUUUGUUAAACGACCAUGUGCUUUUAGGGACAAACGGCGUGGUAAAGUUGUGACCUCUAAAAAUUAUGCACGAUCUGUGUAUUCAUACGUAAACCUCCAAAAAGUAAUUUUUUAUUAAAAAAAACGAUGUGCCUUAUGGUUGGUAAAUUGGGAAACGCAACGCAUCGGAUCAGGACGACUCUCGGGCGUAUAUUUCAAGGGGGCACAAACAAGUACCUACUCCAAAUUGACAUGAUAAUUUAAACAUUGCUUUAACUCUAACUUCGCAUGCAGAAUCGAAUAGGGAAGAAACAAAAACAUUGACUGCAAUUUUGGACUGCAUACAAAAUUCUACCUCAUCCUCAUUACAUAUUAGUCAUCGCCAGAACAUCUUCACACACAGAGCAAAUGGAGCCGGAGCUCAACGGUGCAGCCGCCGAAGAGCAAGAACUAGGGUGGGGCAGAUCUCUUCCUGUCCCAAGUGUGCAGGAGAUUGUGAGGAAGGAUCCCAACUGUGUUCCUGAAAGAUACAUCAGGGGCCAAAUCAAAAGAGAUGAAAUCAGCGAACUUCCAGAACUCCACAUCCCUGUGAUCGACUUCUCCAAGCUUUCGGGAGGUGAUGAAGCUGAGUUAAACAAACUGGAUCUUGCAUGCAAGGACUGGGGAUUUUUCCAGAUUGUGCACCAUGGAAUAUCAGAGGAUGUUUUGUAUAGGGUCAGGAAUGCCAUGGCUGCAUUCUUUGAUCUCCCGAUCGAAGAGAAGAAGAGGUAUGCAAUGGCAGAUAAUGAUCUGCAAGGUUAUGGACAAGCAUAUGUGGUGUCUGCAGAGCAGAAGCUGGACUGGAACGAUCUAGUUUAUCUGAUGACAGAGCCGAUUAGGAGGAGAAGUUACAGAUAUUGGCCAACUACGGUACGAGACUUUAAGGAUGCUUUAACAACGUACUCAGACCAGGCGAAGAGAGUAGCAAUGCAACUGCUUUCUCACCUCUCCUUACUCAUGAACAUGAAUAGAGAAGGGUUGUUAAACUUACACGGCGAGAUGGGUCUCGGCAUGCGUCUUAAUUAUUACCCAGCUUGCUCCAGGCCUGAUGAAGUUAUGGGUGUUAGUCCACACUCUGAUGGCAGCUCUAUUACCAUACUCUGGCAAGAUGAAGACAUUGCCGGUCUUCAAAUUAAACAUGAAGGCGAGUGGAUCCCAGUGGAGCCGAUUCCACACGCUCUCGUAGUAAACAUUGGCGAUGCCAUUGAGGCAUGGAGUAAUGGAAUAUACCAGAGCAUUGAACACAGGGCUGUGACAAAUGAGAGGAAGAGCAGGAUGAGUCUUGCAACUUUUGUUAUCCCAGACGAGAAUGCAGAGAUUGGGCCUCUGCAACAGAUGCUAGAUGCCACUCUUCUGCCCAAGAUGUAUCGAAAUGUUAAGUACCUGGACUACAUAAGGUAUACUUUAGCAAGAAAGAUGGAAGGAAAAGCGCACACACAUUUGCUGAAAUUAGAACAAGAGUAGA